CCCGGACGGCCUGCUGUGAGCACGUGACCCAGGUUUGUUAGCGGAAGCUACCUAUCUGGUAAGGCGCUGCCCCAGCAACCGAGGCCGAGAUGACUUCCGCGCUGACCCAGGGGCUGGAGCGGAUCCCGGACCAGCUGGGUUACCUGGUGCUGAGCGAGGGCGCGGUGCUGGCGUCCUCUGGGGAUCUGGAGAAUGAUGAGCAGGCAGCCAGUGCCAUAUCUGAGCUGGUCAGCACGGCCUGCGGGUUCCGCCUGCAUCAUGGCACGAAUGUCCCCUUCAAGCGCCUGUCUGUGGUCUUCGGAGAACACACGCUGCUGGUGACGGUGUCGGGACAGAGAGUGUUUGUGGUGAAGAGGCAGAAUCGAGGCCGGGAGCCCAUUGAUGUCUGAGCUUGCUGGAGGGCGAGGGCUGGACAAGCAGACUUGAGUCUGUGGACCUCAGGGAUGAGGAGCACCCGCAAACUCCACCUCUUUCUCAGCUUGCUAGAACCAGGGCCUGCGGUUCACCCACCUUCCCAACCCCACUGGAUGGGCCGAGGUUAAGGGGAACAAAAGCAAAGAGAUUUCUGCCCUCUUUCUUUCUCCUAAUAAACAUGAGUCUGAUUGAUG